AUGAAGCUCUUUGAGAAUGAUGUUGUCUAUAGCUACCCAGCAAUCCAUACCAUCAAUCGCCUCCAUCGAAAAUAUCCUAAUCCAUUCGCAACCCAUGUCUUCUCAGUAGACACCAUAGACAGAUCGGUAGACCCAGAAACAGGUAUUCUGCGGUCAGAGAGGCUCAUCGGGGUCCAGCAAGGCGCACCAAAGUGGGUGACAAAACUCUUUAAUCUCCCGCCUAUGGCUUUUGUGAGAGAAGUGGUAUUUGUCGACCCUUCAAACUCUGCAGCCACAUCCAUGUCUGUCAACCUCAACCUUGCUCAAUACGUCUCUUGUCUUGAACUCAUCACAUAUACCCCUCACGACGAAAACUCUACCCUGUUUAAGCAACGGGCCAUGCUCAUCUCUGGCUUCCCCACUCGGCUCAUAGCACGAAGAAUAGAGCAGGCGAGCAUUGAUAGAUUUAAGAGUAACGCGGGGAUCGGGAAGCAGGGUUUCGAUUGGGUUUUGGCCCACAAGGGGACCACUGGAGAGCCAGCAGAGGCGCAAAUUUAG